AUGAGAAGAUUGAAGAGAAAGGAGAAGAAUGAGAAGGAUGUUGAUGCGAAGAAGGAUGAGGUAUUCUUCAAUAAAUUGGUGGAUGAGUAUAAAGAUAAGGAGGAGGAUGUGUUGGUGGAGAUAAAGGAUGAGGAGGUGAAGGAGAAUAUUGAUGAGGAAGACAAGAAAAAGAUUGAGAAAGACAAGGAGGAGGAUGUGGUGUUGAAGGAGGACGUGUUGGUGGAGAAGGAGGAUGAUGUGUUGGUGGAAAAGGUGAAGGUGAAAGAGAAGGAUGAGGAGGUGAAGGAGAAGAUUGAUGAGGAAGACAAGAAGAAGAUUGAGGAAGGCAAGGAGGAGGAUGUGGUGUUGAAGGAGGAUGUGCUGGUGGAGAAGGAGGAUGAUGUUUUGGUGGAAAAGGUGAAGGUGGAUGAUAAGGAUGAUAAGAAGAAGGAUUUGGUGGUAAAGAAGGAGAAAGAUGUGGUGCUGAAGGAGGAUGUGUUAGUGGAGAAGGUGAAAGUGGAGAAGAAGGAUGAAGAGAAGAUUGAUGAUCUGGUGGUGGAGAAGAAGAAGAAUGAAUUGUUGGUGGAGAAGGAGGAUGCGUUGAUUGAUAAUCUGGUGGUGAAAGAGAAUAAUAAGAAGGAUUUGGUGAAGGAGAAUAAGAAGAAUAAUUUGGUGAAGGAUCUGGUGGUGAAGAAUAACGACAAGAAGAAGGUGAAAAUGGAGGAGAAGAAGAACGUGGAGAAGGAUGUGGUGGAGAAGAAGAAGAAGGAUUUGGUGAAGGAUCCAGUGGUGAAUAAGAACGACAAGAAGAAGGUGAAGGUGGAGGAGAAGUAG